ACUGAAUUCGACUAAAAUCAGAUUUUUUUUUCUUCUUUUCUUGAGAUUCGCAUCAUGCAAUGUGUGAUGCUGUGAAGUGAAGAAGUUCAAACAUUUUGUAAACAAAACUAAACAAAACGGUAAACAUUUUUCUACAUUUUAAAGAUGAUUUCUAAAACAGUAAUAGUACGGAAUUUACAUUUUGAUUUUGUUAAUCGACUGCUGUGUGUUCCAUCUAUUUACACUAUUACCAAAUGCUUGAAAGUAGAUACAUCUGGGAAUAAAUUGCCUGAAAGUGUGCAAGUUCUUAAACCUUUGCCGAAAUCGUCUGCUUCUGCUGUGUUAAAAAUAAAAACAAUUAGCAAAGCAAUGAAAGCGUACUUAGAGCGGGCAAAAAGUCAUGAAGAUUUUCUGACGGUCAAAAAUAGAGAAUUUGAAAUCGGACGACAUCAUUUAGCGAAUAUGAUGGGCUUAGAAGUAGGAACUCUUACUCAAGACGACAUCGAUCGUGCAAUUUCUUACUUGUUGCCCUCUGGUCUCUAUGAGAAAAAAGCUAGACCAGUGAUGAAACCUCCGGAGAAAAUGUUCCCCAAGGAAAAAGCUGCUCAGUUCGACUACAGUGGUCGACCUUUCAGCCCCUUUUUUUACACAAGAAAAAGCAACUAUUAUGAAACACUCCACAAUAUCGUAAGAAAAUUUCAUGAAUUGGAUGACUUUGAGGAUAAAAUGAUUGAAAAGGGAAUUUUAGAACCACCUAAAGAAGCACUAAUAAGCUUAUCCGGGGGUGAAUGGUUAACGAUAGAUGAAAUUAGGAAUAUCUUUCUUGAGAAGAUUACUGAGCAAGAUUAUGACUUUUUCAUAGCAACCUUAACUAGACUAGGAAGUCACCCUUAUUCAUUUCGCUGCAAAGAUUUAAUAUGGAAGUAUCGAAAAGAUUUUGAAAAUGUGACUGCACUCGAGGCAAUCCCUGAACUUAUGCACGAUGAGAAUGGAAGGCCUUAUAUGGAAAUGAUGGGCUACAAGAAAAAUUGCGAGGCUAAAGUCAUUGUCCGAGGCAAUGGAACUGGUAAGAUUAUGAUCAACGGCCAAGAUAUAUCUUAUUUCCCAAAACUACAAGAUAGAGAACAAAUAAUGUAUCCCUUAGCGUUUACCGAUUUGUUAUUACAAGUCGAUGUCGAAGCGGAUGUUAGUGGACCAGGUGAGAGUUCUCAAUCUGGUGCAAUCAGGCUGGGAAUAGCGAUGUGCCUUCGAAGCUUCGUAUCACCUGAACUUGUUGAGAAAAUGAGAUUAGCUGGACUAUUAACUCGUGACUUCAGAUUCAGGGGAAGGAAAAAACCAGGCCAGAAAGGAAUUCGAGCAAAAUUUACCUGGAAGAAGCGUUAAAUGUUUAUAUCUUGAAUAUAAGUUUCAUAAAGAAGAGUUUAGAAGAAAUAUUGUAACAAUAAAGAGGCUAAACAUGUUUUUUUUUUGUUUGGAUGAGCCGCACUAAUUAAAUGUUUACUA